CAACUAUAUCAACUUCGCUGUAAUUACCAAAAACCACAAAAACCUAUGCUCACAUAAUAAUUUCGGCAAAUCAUUGAAGGACAAUCUGGUUCUUGUAAGUUGUAACGACCCGAGAUGGAUAAUAGUUAUUAUCAUUUCAAUGUUUAAUAGUCAUAGAAAUUUUUUAUACAGAUUGAUAACGAAGACCAUGUGUUUAUAUAAUUCUAUUAACGAGUUUAUUAGAUAUUCAUGAUAUUCCAUUAAUUUUACACAUAUGCCUCAGGCAUCAUAAUAAGAAAAAAAAAUACUAAACUUUGAAGGAAAAUUCACACUUUUACCAAAAAAUAAAAUGUUAGAUAUUACCAAACAAAAAAAAUGUUUAGCUCAUCAUUCAUAUAUGUAAUGUAAGUAAACGUCAUUAGAGAAGAUUCACUUCCCUUAAUCAUCUUUGCUUUUCCUUAAUUAUAAUAAUUAAUUAUCAAUUGUAUACUAACCCGGUUCCCCCAGACUUAGAAACAAUCACAGUCCAACACAACACCGCCCAAAGAGCAGGAAUUUCAUUUUUUAUAAUAACUCAAAUUUCCUUUAUCUCUUUUAAUUUUCUGUUUCUCUCCGACAUCGAAAAAGGAAAAAAAAAAAAAACAGGCUUCCGCUGUAUAAAAGCAGAGAGCCCUCGUUAAAGUUUUCCCAACUCAACACAGAAAACAACCCUCCGCCGUGUUCUCCUCCGUCUCUCUCUUUCUCUCUCUGUAUCUUUCUCCGGCUCAAAAUUUAAUUCCAUUCUCUUUAUGGGAGACCACAAUCAGCCUUUCCUGCCGGUCUCCGGCGACCCAGAAUGCGUUCCGAUACAAGGCGACGACGUCGUAGACGACAGCCUCCACCGGCCGCAGCAGGGAUCCACCAAGAGUAAGCUGCUUCUCGCCGUGUUCAGCGGGAUUUUCGUGGUCUGCUUGAUCCUCGCAGGAGGCUACGAUAAAUCCGGCGUCGUAAAGGUCGCCCAAUUGGGAGGCGUAGAUGAGCUGGGUGUGGGCCCAAUUGAGAUGCCAGCUGGAAGUACGAUUGUUAGGCCGGCUGUUUCUCGUGGGAAAUCCGCCGGUGUGUCGGAGAAGGCUAAUUUGUCACCGGAGCAAUUGCUCGGCGGCGGGGAAGUAAGCGGUGACGGGCUGACGGAGGACUUCCCGUGGAACAACAGCAUGCUGUCCUGGCAGAGGACGGCGUUCCACUUCCAACCGGAGAAGAAUUGGAUGAACGAUCCCAACGGUCCACUCUUUUACAAAGGAUGGUACCACUUCUUCUACCAGUACAACCCAAACGCCGCCGUUUGGGGCGACAUCGUCUGGGGUCACGCCGUCUCCCGCGACAUGAUCCACUGGCUCCACCUCCCUUUAGCCAUGGUGGCGGACCAGUGGUACGACGUUCAGGGCGUCUGGACCGGGUCCGCGACCAUCCUCCCCGACGGAAAGGUCAUGAUGCUCUACACCGGUUCGACCAACGAGUCGGUCCAGGUCCAGAACCUGGCCUACCCUGCCAACCACGACGACCCGCUCCUCCUCGACUGGGUCAAGCACCCGGGCAACCCGGUCCUCGUUCCACCACCGGGUAUCCACCACAAAGACUUCCGCGACCCGACCACCGCGUGGAAGACCUCUGAGGGAAAGUGGAGGAUCACGAUCGGUUCCAAAGUCAACAAAACCGGAAUCGCCCUGAUCUACGACACCGACGAUUUCAUCAAUUUCGAGCUCAAGGACGGGUUCCUCCACGGGGUUCCGGGUACCGGAAUGUGGGAAUGUGUCGAUUUUUACCCUGUGGCAGUCGCCGGUGGCAACGGGCUUGACACGUCGGUGAACGGUGCCGGAGUUAGGCAUGUUGUGAAGGCGAGUUUAGACGAUGAUCGGCAUGAUUACUACGCGAUUGGGACUUAUGACGAGGAGGCCGGAAAAUGGUACCCGGAUAAUCCGACGAUUGAUGUUGGAAUUGGGAUUAGGUACGAUUACGGUAUCUUCUACGCUUCGAAGACAUUCUUUGACCAGAGCAAGCAGAGGAGGGUUCUUUGGGGCUGGAUUGGUGAAUGGGAUAGUGAGGCUGCUGAUGUUAGAAAGGGAUGGGCUUCUCUUCAGGGCAUGCCAAGGACGGUUGUUCUUGAUACCAAAACAGGGAGCAAUCUGCUUCAAUGGCCGGUGGUAGAAUCAGAGAGCUUGAGAUUGAGAAGCAAGGAAUUCAAGAAUGUUGUAGCUAAGCCUGGUGCGGUUGUUCCAAUCAAGCUUGAAGCAGCCACACAGCUAGACAUAGUCGCGGAGUUCGAGCUCGACAAAGAGGCGGUAGAGAGAGUAGCUGAAUCUGACGAGGAGUUCAAGUGCAGCAGCAGCAAAGGUGCAGCUCACCGUGGCGCAUUGGGACCAUUUGGUCUUCUGGUUCUCUCGGAAGAGACUCUCAGCGAGCAAACCCCUGUAUAUUUCUAUGUCGUCAAGGGGAAGAACGCAACUUUAAGGACUUACUUCUGCGCUGACCAAUCUAGGUCGUCUCUGGCGAACGAUGUGAACAAGCAAAUCUAUGGGAGCUAUGUACCAGUGCUAACAGGGGAGAAAUUUGCGGUUAGGAUGUUGGUAGAUCAUUCGAUUAUCGAGAGCUUUGCACAAGGUGGGAGGUCCGUUAUUACGUCGAGAGUUUAUCCAACGAAGGCGAUUUAUGGAGCAGCUAGGCUGUUUUUGUUCAAUAAUGGGACAGAGGCUGGUGUCACAGCUUCUCUUAAGGUUUGGCAGAUGAAUUCGGCAUUCAUCCGGCCAUUUCCAAACCUGUAGAUGGAUAUGAUUGAAUGAGGAAGAAGCCCAACAACAAAAAAAAAAAAAAAAGGUGAUAAGAGGAAGAUAAGUUGGUGAUCCGCUAUGAUUGCAAGGUGGGUUAAAUUUGGAUGUGUGAUUGUUUUGUUCUUUGGGAUGAAGGGGGGAUGUGAGCUUGUUGUAAGUAAAGAAGAGAGAGGGGUUGUAAUUGUGAUUGGGUGAUUGAUUCCCAAUUUCCCAAUGAGAUCGGCAUGAAGGAUCUUGCAUCUCCCUAAUCAGUCUCAAAUCAAAUAGUUGAUUUGCGAUAUCUGGUUCAAGAUCCUCACAUUUUCUUUAUGUUCUUUUUAGUUUGAGUUUCAUAAUAUGAUGUAUAAUGUUUCGGGAUUUUUAUGAUGUUGAUUACAUCGACGUCAUUACUGAAAUCAAUUAACGCCAUUUUUGUUUGUGAUGAUUCAUAAAGUUUUAAGUUUCCGUAAACAUUAUGUUGAAACGAAUUCUAGUUGUGUUUGGAGAAGUUUAAUAGGCGCUAAAGAUGAGAUUGUGGAUGCAUUUCGGACCUUCGGUGGAAGGUUGAGGGCAGAAGCAAAAUAUGCAUUUGAAACGGUUUCUGCUAGCUUGGCAAACCUUGAUUUACUCUUAAUCAUUAACCCACUGGAUUCAGUGGCUACUGAAGACAUCCUAAUCGACAAGGAUUCUUGUUCAUGGAACUAUGAGAAACUUCAAGAUCUUUUUACUACGAAUGACUAGGUGGCUAUCUCAAUGAACCUUCUUCAUAAUCCACAUGGAAGGAUGAAAGAGUUUGGAUCAACACUAAGAACGAGAUAUGAACUCUGAAAUCGACGUAGAAAAAAGAUAUGACAGUCCCAAAAUUUUACGAUUGGUAGACUUCGGAAACAUGACCUUUGUGGCUUUGUCCAAAAGUAGGGAUGCAAUUUUGACCUGACUCGUUUCACCCUACCUGUUUGACCUGCUUUGGAGCGGGCAUGGCUACUCUCCCUCGACCUGACUUGCGCUGACCCGCCGCCUCAUUCUCGAUCCGCCUAAAUUACCUGUAUAUAAUUUUACUUUUGUUACUGCAUAUUUUAGCUAUAUUUUACUUUGUUUCUUGGGGUUUUAAUGAAAAAAUUGAGUAUUUACUCAUGUUUGCCUUCUAAACUUAAUACCUAUUGGAUCGACUUGCCCCGAUCCACACUUUAUGAAGAAUUACCUGACUUGUACCUGACCUGCAACGUGACGGAUAAGAGUAUCGAGAUACCGCUCGGGAACUGUCCUUGCCAAUUGCCAUUCCUUAUCAAAGACAUUCUUCUUUAAACAAAUUUGUAUGUUUCCUAUUCAAACUAAGGUUUGUUUUUUUUUAAUACUUUUUUUCUUAUUACCGGAGCCAUGCUUUUCCGGAGAAACUCUGAGAUGGGAACGGCCGCCAAUAUGGGCUCUACUAUGAAGACAAUGCAAAAAAGUCAUUGAUUGGUAUGAGCUGAAGUUGGGCCUUAAAAUAACUGUGCGAACUAGGCCUGAGAUCGAUGUUGGAAAUUUCUUGAAUUUGUCAGGCCUCUUAGGCUCAGUAAGAACAGUAGGCCCAACCUUCGUCUAAGUUGCUGUUCUACGAAAUCUGCCUCUGAAGUAUUCUUCGAGUUCCAUAUGCUCUUUACUUGCGUAGUGUGAUAAGAAAUUACGGAGAUGAAG